AUGGCUUCCGUCCUACAGUCGUUACUUCUCGUCGGUGCUCUUUUAUCCUCUACCGCCAGCGCACAAAUACCCUCAUCACUCGUCGGAACAUGGUCUACAAAAUCUGGAAAAGUCUUGACUGGUCCGGGGUUUUAUAAUCCUGUCAAUGAUAGUUUCAUCGAGCCAAGUCUUACGGGAAUAUCGUAUUCGUUCACUAUAGAUGGGUUUUACGAGGAGGCAUACUACAGAGCCGUUUCGAAUCCUACGAAGCCCAAUUGUCCCCAAGCAAUCAUGCAAUUCCAACACGGCACGGUCACCUCGAACGCAGACGGAUCGCUGGACCUUACGCCCUUCGCGGUUGAUGGCAGGCAAUUGCUGUCAGAUCCAUGCGGUGGCACUGAUAACAAAGGGUUGGCCACAUACACACGCUACAACCAGUCAGAAACCAUGAAGAAAUGGCAAGUAUAUGAAGACCCGUACACGAAAUUGACACGUCUCGACCUCUACCAAUUCGAUGGCACCCCAGUGAAUCCUAUGUUCCUUGCGUUUAGCCCACCUCAAAUGCUUCCAACGAUUACGAUGAACCCCACAACGGCCGCCGCAACCGCGACGGGGAAGGCGAAGAGAGACUCAACGGAAAUGUCAGUACCUCUAAACAAGAAUGCAGCGCACAUCAAACGAGGAAUUGAGAAACCGUCUCUCAUUCAUCGAAUCGAUUUGGACCUACUUUGGUGGACGGGAGUAGGCAUGACGAUAUUUGGCGGGGCCGCAUACUUGUUAUAG